AUGGAAAACGGCAAACCAAAAGACCAAGAUAAAGACAUGGAUGAGUUGAACUUGCAGAUUGCUCAGCUGCAAGCCAUGGCAGUGGAGCUGAAGGGAGGUCUAAUGGGAGCAAUGCAGGAUCUCUCCGUGCUAAAGCAAAGGGGCAGCAGCCUGGAGGAGAGAAUGAGAGGGUACCAGAAGGACACAGAGGAGAAAAUACUGGGCAUAAAAAACUCCCUCAACACCUUCAAGGAGGAUCUGAGUGCCACACUGUCCCAGAUCAAAGAGGUCAACAGCAAGCACACAGAGAUGCAGCGGGGCCUGGAGCUCUACCAAGCAGAGGUGGGAAGGCAGCUUCUAUCUUGCCAGCGAAGGAAAAGCUCAAAGGAGGACGUUUUUCCUGAUAGCCAGCGGAGUUUCUCCAGUGAGACAGAGCACAACGUCAUCCAGCACUAUUUUGCAAGUCUGACAAACAGCUCACCCCAGCAGAGUGCAGCCUCCAUACAAAACAAGAGACAGACUGCAGCCCUGGAACUGUUGGAAUCUGAGAGAGUGUACGUGUCUUACCUGUCCCUACUCCUCAAGGCCAACAUCACCUUCAAUGGAUCUGAAGCCAUUCACCACAAGGACAAGAGGCCCUUCCCUAGCUCCCUGCGUUUCCUCAUCCAGCAGCACCUGGAGCUCCUCCACACCCUACAGGAGCGUGUGCUCAGGCGCCAGUGGCAAGGCAUCAUGGGAGAUGUCUUCAUGAGGCUAACCAGUAAAGAGAGCGAUUUUCUUGACUACUAUGUAGCGUACCUGAAGGAACUGCCUGAGUGCCUGUCUGUGGUCAAUAUGUACAGCGCCACCUCUCUUGAAGCAGCUGGUCUGUUUGAGGGUGAUGUCAUUGGAGAUGAGAAUGGACCUCCCCUCCACACUCUACUCCUCCAACCAGUGCAGCGCAUCCCGGAAUACCUUCUGCUUCUCCAGAACUUGUUGAAGCAGACGGACACCGAGCACCCAGAUUACUUCCUGCUGCUGAUCUGCAUCCAGCAGUUCAGGGCCUUCACUGGUCAGUACAGCCACCUCCUCCAGCACAAUGAAGACCUGCUGCUGCAGAACAGGAGAGAGCUCAGAAGACAACAUACGAACCAGGUGAAGAGGAGCAAGCAGAGGCUGCUGGAGCAGAUGCGGUGCGAGCGCCUCCAGGACUGGGAGGCUGAGUCACGGCGCUGCGACUCCGCGGAUGGGCCGCAGAGGGCCUUCUUCCCUGCUGACGCAGACCCGCGCCGCGUAUCCCCUGCGCUGCAGAGCAUCCCGGAGAAGGAGAGGGAGGCCUCGGCUGAGCGGAGCUCUUGCAAGCGCCCUCCCCCGGGCACCGCGCUGGCCGACGCAAGGGGGGAGUUCCUGCUGCCCGCGGAGGCCCCAGACUCGGAGGGGCUCUAUGAGGAUGGGGAUUCCCUCCGCAACGUCUUGCUCUUUGAGAACUGCUCCACCGCCUCCUCUGACUCCAGCAUUGACAUUGCAUUUGUACGUUGUCCCAAGAGCCACGGUAGGGAACCCUUCGGCGGGGGCCAGGGCAGGUUCCCUGGCCGGGGCUGCGUGUCGCCGGACGAAAUUGGGCUGACACGGCAUCGCCCUCUGCAGGCCGUGCAGCGCAAAAGCAAAUCCCUGAAUGGCCUGCAGCUGGACAGUCCGCUCAACAACGAUAACGGCCCUGUGGACUUUGAGAUGAACUCCAAAGGCCCCCACAGAGGGCAGCAUGCCAGGCUGGAGAGGCAGUCCAGCAGGGGCUCCGCUGGCCACAAGGCACAAAGGAGCAUCAGCCCCCCGCAGAAGCUGGAUGCCGAUGGGCGUACUGCCACCGAGGAGCUCCAGAGAGACCACCACAAGGUGGCGUCGCCCUCCCCCUCUCUCUCAUCCCAGGCCACCAUCGCUAAACUUCAGCUAACCAACCCUGUUGACUGUGGAGGCCAGUCUUGGAUGGACGACUCUAGAUGGAGACGAGGCUCAGAGGAGAAUGGACAGGCCUUCUUCAGCGAGAGGAGCCGGAAACAGGACCAGAAAGGGGGCUUCAGAAGCUCUUUCAAAAAACUCUUCAAGAAGAAGUCAGGCGGAGAGAGUAAGGACAAGAUCAAUGAAAAGACUGAGUCCCAGGCAUACACUGACCAUGAGCCUAUUAAGACUCCUCAGGUGGCUCGACUUGCUGAUGUUGACAGGGGAACAGCAGUGUAA